AUUGGAGGAUGCUUUUGUCUAACAGAAAUAGCUCAUGGCACCAAUACCCGAGGCAUGAGGACUGAGGCCCGCUUUGACUCCAAGACUCAGAGCUUCAUCCUCCACACUCCAGAUUUUGAGGCUGCAAAGUGUUGGUCAGGGAAUUUGGGGAAAACUGCAAGCCAUGGUUUGGUGUUUGCACAAUUGUACACACCUGAUGGAGUUUGCCAGGGCCUUCAUUGCUUUAUUGUACCUCUUCGUGAUCCCAAGACAUUGCUGCCUUACCCAGGAGUCACAAUUGUAGAUAUGGGGCAUAAGUUAGGCCUUAAUGGUGUAGAUAAUGGAGUUAUGAUGUUUGAUCACUAUGCCAUCCCUCGUGAUAAUCUCCUUAACCGAACUGGUGAUGUUACACCAGAGGGAGUGUAUGAAACACCUUAUAAGGAUCCCAACAAGAGGUUUGGUGCAUCCUUAGGAAACUUAUCAGUAGGACGUGUAGGAAUCAUAGGGUUUGGAGUUGUCCAUUUGAGAAAGGCUUUAACCAUUGCAGUUCGUUAUUCUGCUGUUCGCAAGCAGUUUGGGCCAGGUGCAGAAGAGUUGCCUGUGAUAGAAUAUCCUCUGCAGCAAUGGCGUCUGUUCCCCUACAUUGCAGCAACAUAUGCCAUGGAUAACUUCACAAAGUGUUUCCAUAGGUUAUUUGCAGAAUUUCGCAUGGAAAUGCUGGAUGCCACAGACAAGGAUAGAGUAGCUUUGUAUGGUCAGGAGGUGCACGCCCUCUCUUCUGCAGGCAAACCCAUCUCAGGCUGGAUUGCAAGGGAUGGUAUUCAGGAAUGUCGGGAAGCAUGUGGAGGACAUGGUUACUUGAGAUGUGCAGGAUUUGGUGAACUGCGCAACGACAAUGAUGCUAACUGCACUUAUGAAGGAGAUAAUAAUGUCCUGUUGCAGCAGACAAGUAACUGGUUAGUAAGUGUGUGGAACAAGAAGUCCAAAAUGUCUGCAAAACAUCCAAUGGGCACAGCUGAUUACAUAGACAAUUCUAAUCAUAUUCUGAAGCACAGCUGGAAAACCUCACCCCUGAACCUGACUUCUAGUGAUCAGGAUAUUGUACAUGUUUGCUUGCAAUCACUACAGUGGUUGGUGUGCUGGUUAUGCGAGAAGACAAGCAAAGCACUCAAAGCAGAGAUUGCUGCUGGUGCAGAUCCAUUCACAGCAAGAAAUAACACUCAACUUUAUCUUGCACGGUCGCUUUCUCUUGCAUAUGUCAGACAAGUAAUUGUAGCUUGGUUUGAGCAGUCUAUUUGUACUGCAGAGUCAAGUGUGCAACCUCCACUGUAUCACUUGUGUGCACUCUUUGCCCUCACUGAGGUGGAAAAGAUCAUGCCACAGCUAGUAGAAGGAGGACUGGUCCAGGAUGGUUCUUUUGUGUCCAUGGUUCACCACCAUAUCAAAAGGUUGUGUACUAAGCUUCUGCCUGAUGCUGUGGCUCUUGUUGAUGCCUUCGCACUUCCAGACUUUCUUCUGCGUUCUGCUCUUGGCAAUGCUGAUGGAGAGGUGUAUCAUCACCUCAAGACAGCCAUGUUUACUGCUCCAGGGGCUAUGAGCCGACCAAAGGACUGGCAGGAGAUGGUGUACCCCACACCAGUUUCCAAACUCUAAGGUG